AUGGUAUUUAUAUUUAUAGUAUUUGAUCCAUGCGCUCAGAACAAUUGUGACGGCAAUGCCGAGUGUACAGCAAACGAGGACAAUUCAUUUAACUGUACAUGUAAUUCAGGUUACAGCGGAAAUGGCACAUUUUGCGAAGGUAUGUAUUUAAACAACAUGCAAUUACUACAUGUACUUAUACGAUUUUUCAGGACGAUCUUUGUGGAUGAUAAAGCCCGUUUUCGACUAGGCGAAUUUGUUCGCGCGGAACGAAGCGAAAAACAAAUCUUGACAAUGUGAUUAUUGGUCAGCGAAAAAAUUCGCCGCGAAAAUAUUGGAUGAGUUCCUACUUUUUGAGUGUUCGCGCGAACAAUAUCUUCUAGUGGAAAAUGUCUGGAGCUUUAGCCAGUGUGCUAUAUCUUACUUAAUGCGGAUAUUUCGUCUUCAAAACUUUAACAUGGGCUACUAAGUAUGGUAGUGAUUAGGACCAUUGAUGCAAAUUAUGGAUACACAGGUUGUCGUACGUAUGUAGCUGGAUAUCCGAUUAAAUAGGGGAAUAAACUUCUCUGGUAUCUACCAGAAAAUCGAGAUUGUCCAGAUAUUAUUUUUAAAUUAAAAAUUCAUUUGAGAGGAUUUAAAAGGUACGUGCAGUUUCAUAUUCUAUCUUGAAAUGACCCUAGAGAAGCUGGUAGUUCUUCCAACAACCAGCGUGCGAAUUAAUUUCCAAAAUUGUAUAGGUCAUGAUAGUUUUGUCGACAUGCACAAAGAUUUUUGAGAUACUUUUGAAUGAAAUGCUGUUGAUAAUUGAUAAAACUGACUGGAGUUGAAAACCAUGCAUGUUUAUAUGAAUGUUAAACGGCGAUGUUCUUUCCAAUAGUCUCAAGUCGGAAUAUGACGAACACCCGUACUUUAUGACUAAAUAAUAUUUAACAAUUAUUUGCCGAAGGCGAGGUGAGUAUCGGGGAAUUUUUAGACAAGUUUUUUGUGUUUUGGGGGACUGAAUUUAUUUUAUUUUCGCUUAUUUCUUUAUCAGUAACUUCCACAAAACGGCUAGCCUGGCGUUUGUAAAUUUCGGUUUUGUUAUAUUCACCUGUAUAUAAUACUUCAAAUUUGACCAAUCAACUAGUAGGAUUUGUUAUGUUCACUUGUGCAAAAAUACUAACGUGCUUUAUUUAAUUAUCCGGCCAGAUAAUCUGGUAAUCCAAUUUCAUUCAAUAUCACCAUCGUUGGCUUUGAUCAUUCUCAGUUUCUAACGCCCGUAUUCUAAAAGCUCACUCACAUUCACACUCACACUCACACUCAAUGAGUGGAGGUUCAAUCUGAGCUUCUCUUGAGUGUCAAUGCUGUUUUUGAAUAGCUGGAUGGUGAGUAAUCACAUAGUAAGGUACGACACCUACCAUCCAGCUAUUCAAGAACAGCAUUGACACUCAAGAGAAGCUCAGAUUGAACCUCCACUCAUUGAGUGUGAGUGAGCUUUUAGAAUACGGGCGUAAGACGUCAUGUUAAUAUCAGAUUGAUGGGCAAUGUGCUCAUAUUGACAUUUUCUAUUACUGUAGAUAUUGAUGAAUGCACUGGUGACACGUGGCCUUGCCAUGUGAACGCCACGUGUGCUAAUGACAUUGGGAAUUUUACAUGUACGUGUAAAGAUGGAUUCGAGGGCAAUGGAACACAUUGUGAUGGUCAGUGUUGAAUAUUUACACUUUUUAUAAUCAUGAUAAUAUUAAUAAUUAGGGUGUACAGUAAUUAGCUCAGUUGUUGUGGUUGCUCGACGUGUUUGUCUGUGUUCGGCUCAGUCUGUGUCCAUGCCAUGUCUGUGACACACAUAUUUAGUGUAAUAACUUAUAUACAUGUGGCAAAGUUAAACAAAAAAUAAUACAAUUUCAUUAUGAUUUAAAUCAUGAUAUGUAUUUAGUGCAGCUAUUAUUGCUUUCAAUGUAUCCUAUAAUUCCCAAGAGAAAAAGCGAGGUAAUUUUCCAGUUGGGUCAGCGAAGUGCAUGCAUGUGUGUAUUAUUAGUAUUAUAAAGGUUAUUCAAUAUUCGUACUUUACGCAAAUACUUCACCAUCAAACAGAAUGAGUAUGUCAUUUAGAAUAUGACAAAUACUAACGAUUGUAACACAUGUAUAUAAACUAUGUUAUACGUAGUCGAAGUCACCACUUACAGAUGCCGAACGCUGGACUCUGAAUCUGAUAUUGUGUAGCCACUGGCGGACUGGCAGUGCGGCCACUUUGCAAGCCCUGGUAUACGCUGCUGAAAAGUAAAAGUUCUCACUAUAUUAGAUUUACAAUAGAUCCAAAAUUGCUCGAGUUUACACGUAACAAUAUGCGGAUAAUGUAAUCCAUUGUAAAUGGAUAUAUUACGUUGCUGACCACCAAAUUCGGGAAGUGUCCAUUGUGAACCCUUAAUUCUAAAUUUUAUGCAAGCACAAACGACCAUCUUUGUUCAGGGACUGCAAAACGAUCUUUCUGGUCCAGAACAUUACGAAAUUACAAGGAAUGGAAAACGAUCUUCCUAGUCCAGAACAUUCCGUUUCUUUCAUUGAUUUAUUGAUAAUGUAUAUUACUCCCUUUACUGUAGAUAUUGAUGAAUGUAGUAAUGCGACUUCCCCGUGUCAUGCUGACGCUGAUUGUGUCAAUAUCCCUGGGAAUUAUACCUGUGUGUGUAAACUAGGUUUCAGUGGUGAUGGACAACAGAACUGUGUUGGUUAG